GCCGAGCGCUGGGCUGGGACUGGGCUGGGAGAGGUGUGCCCGGGGAGCCUGGAUCCCGGCGCCCUUCUGCCUCGCGUGGAGCAGCCAGUGCAGCCCGGAGGCGAGCUGACGCCCUGGACUAAGAAAUCAAAUUGCAGCCUCCCCAAAGCCGCUAAGUUACGCCGGCGAGCCGGUUCCCGAGGAGCGUUCGCGAGCGUGCACAGACCGCGCGGCGCAGCGCUGCAGUGCCCUCCCAGGCCAGCCAGCCCGGAGCCCGGAGCCGAGUGCCUCGGAGAGGCAGCAGCCCCGGGGCGCGGGGUUCGGCCGAGAGUGCACCGCGACACACAGAAGGGGCGCGCAAGGCUCCGCCGGCCUGCCCGCAGCCUGCGCCCCGACUUGGGCGUCCCCUCGGUCCCACUCUGGGAGCAAUGCCCCCCGCCCCUUACGCCCCCCGGGAACGAGGCGAGCAUGGAGAAAUCGAGUAGUGAGGAUUCUUCGAUCCACCGGAGUCCAUCUUUGGACAGCAAGGACUCCGACUUUGCCAAGCCGUCCACCUCGGGCCGCCCGUUCGGCCGCGGCUUCACCGCCGGCGCCUUCUACGGCACCGCGGGCUCCAGGGGCCAGAGCCGCGCGGAGGCUGGCGUGAAGGCCGACAAGUACGAUGCACCGAAAGGCAGCAAGUACGUGGUGUUUUACCUGGACCUGUCCUUUGUGUUCCUCCUAGAAUUUAAGAAGUGCAACAUGGCCAGGGGCUGCCUCUGCUGCUUGAAGUACAUGAUGUUCCUCUUCAAUUUGAUAUUCUGGCUCUGUGGCUGCGGGCUGCUCGGCGUGGGCAUCUGGCUCUCCGUGUCGCAGGGCAACUUCGCCACCUUCUCCCCCAGCUUCCCCUCGCUGUCUGCAGCCAACCUCGUCAUCGCCAUCGGCACCAUCGUCAUGGUGACGGGCUUCCUCGGCUGCCUGGGGGCCAUCAAGGAAAACAAGUGCCUCCUCCUCAGUUUUUUCGUCGUCUUGUUGACCAUCCUCCUGGCAGAGCUCAUCCUGCUCAUCCUCUUCUUUGUCUACAUGGACAAGGUGAAUGAGAACGCCAAGAAGGACCUGAAGGACGGCCUGCUGCUCUACAACACCGAGGACAACGUGGGGCUCAGGAACGCCUGGAACAUCAUCCAGGCCGAGAUGCGGUGUUGCGGCGUCACUGACCACACCGACUGGUAUCCCGUGCUGGGGGAGAACACGGUGCCCGACCGCUGCUGCAUGGAGAACUCCCAGGGCUGCGGGCACAAUGCCACCACCCCCUUGUGGACGACGGGCUGCUACGAGAAGGUGAAGAUGUGGUUUGACGACAACAAGCACGUGCUCGGCACCGUGGGGAUGUGCGUGCUCAUCAUGCAGAUCCUGGGCAUGGCCUUCUCCAUGACUCUCUUCCAGCACAUCCACCGGACUGGCAAGAAGUACGACGCGUGAGUGGCUGGCCGAGCCCAGCCGGCAGCCACGACGCGGAUCGGGGCGCGGAAGAGGAUUCGCGCUUGUGUCGCGUGCCUGCCCUCUCUGGACUGUGACCCUGCACCCCUCCCCAGCCUGCCUGGCCUGCCCACCCCACCUGAGCCUCGAACUUCUCUGUGGGCAGAGGGCCCGGAAGGAGGCGGCAGAGACCUGGGCCCUGAGGCACCUGGAUUCCUGCAUCUGCAUCUGAGUAUUUGCCAAAGACGUCGGGGCGGGCCAGGGGUGCAAGGAGGAAGCCCCAGUGCUGAUGGGUCUCCACCCCUGGCCUUCCUCACACUGACACUUGGUCCCUUCGCGGGGUAGGAGCACAGCGCUCCUCCCCCUCCAUGGAGGGACAGCCCCACGGAGGCCACUACCGUCCAUGUCCACGGCCACCUGUGGGACAGUUGGAGAGCUGGUGGAGGCCUGACCGCCUGCGGGCGCGGCCCGAGCGUCAUGCCCAGGGUUUUUAUACCUGACUGUGUAACUUUUUUAUUUUCUUCUACUCUGAUUACGAUUAUUCAGGAAUACUAUCUCCGAUAGUUUAGGGUUAGCUGAUUUAUAACUUCUUACCGUGUUGAUUUCUUUAAUGGUUUGAUUUUUCCACCCGAGGGGAGGGAGCAAGUGGGGAGAGAGGACACCCGCCCGUUGCUGUCAGGACAGGCCACUGUGCGACAGGAGGGCGGCUCCCAGGUGAGGCGCCAGGCCUUCGCUCAGACGCACUGACGAGGGGAGAGUGCAGCUGGCGUGGGGGACCCUGCAGGCCUGGCACCCAUGGCCCAAGCCUGGAGAGGAGGCAGGGCGGAGGAGUACGACACGUGGGGGGAGUGUCCUCAGGAAGCUACAGCAUUUGCUGACCCGGUGUGAGGCCCGGGCCUUGGGCCCCUGGGGGUCUGGCGAAGCUUUAGUAGGAACAGGACCAGAAAUGGCGGUCCCUACCUUCCUCAGUGAUGUGCAGUUUGGGGCUUCCCUUCUUCCUUCGUCCUGGCGGGAAGGAGGCCUCUUCACCCCACGUAACGGGUUCUGCAAGCCCGGCCGCGUCAGACCCUCCUGCUGGUGCUCUCGGACAAGCGCCUCAUUAGGUCCCUCCUGCUGUCCACUCUCCUUGCUCCUGAAGGGGACGCAGGCCUUACGGUUAGCUGCCCAGGCAGCGGCAGGGGACGUGCCCAUCAGGAGUCGGAGGAGGGGGCAGGUACCCACCAGCGUCCUGCCAGACUUCCUGGGCUGAGAGGGAGGGAAAGGCCGUCUGUCCGGUCCCAGGACCCUCCUCGCCCCUGGAACUCUGACGUCAGCAGCAGGGUAUGCAGGGCCACAUCCUGGGCCAUCCCAAGGAGAAGGAAUACAGAAAGCCCGAGAGGCGAGACGGGCUCGUUACAGCAGCCUGGGUCGUGGUGGGUGCGUGAGAUGAUUGGCAGGCAUGGUACUCGGCUGCAGGGGGCGCCCCUCCAUAGCCAGCUGGGGUCUAGGUCAACGCUUUGCAGUUGGAGAACAAAGCCAUGGAUCCGUGGGGCGGGGCCGGGAACCUCGCUGGCAUGGAGUGCGCCUCGCAGGGCCUCCAGUGGCUGUCUCUCUCCUGCCACCAUCUGGCUUGUUUCCUUGGUCUCUUCUUGGGGCCAGGCCUCUCCUCCAGCCUCCACCUGCCUGCCUCUUCCAAGGGCUGAUGGGUAGCUUCCAUCCACCUUGAGAAACGUUCAGAUCGGGACCAGGAGAGGAGGAUUUGGUAUGUCCAGGGUCCUGCGUUGGGGGAGUGGAAGUGGGGGUGGAGGUCUCAGUGAGCCGGGCAGAGCGAAGACCUUUCCCUGGCAUAGGAGGGGUGGUGCUAGGACACGCUGGGAGGUGGGUGUGGGCUGGGGGAUGGGCAUGCGCCCAUUAGAACCAAGGUGCCCUCAUCUCGUCCUCUGGCCGUCUUCUUGGUAAGGGGCUCCAGCUGCCUCCUCUGGGACCCCAAAACGCAGAGCAGAAACGUUGUUCUGGAAGACCCCCAGCACACGCGUGUCCGCGCCGCACGGUGGACCUGAUGCAUGGGGAGCCGUCGCCGUGGGCGGGCGGGCGGGUUUGUUUAUGCCUAUCAAUGCAAUUUUUAGUUUUUGUGAGUAUCGACAGCAAAAGCCUCGUGCAUGGGGGCGUGCAGCCGCUCCCUGGCGAUCUGCUAUUUCCAGAUGGCUUCAGGGUGUCCUUUGGCCCUGGAGCCUUUCCCAGAGUCCCCUGCCUCUGCCAGCCCCCAGCUCAUCCGUUUGCAGAGCCUUGUCCGCAGGUCCCCAACUGCCUUCCUGCCCCACCCUGUGCCUGGCUGUUUAGUCACGUGGCCAAGUCUACACGGGUGAAAGUGUCCCUGCACAGGGUGGCGGUCUCCGGCCUCUCGCCCAUGCUGCAGAACGGUCCCCACAGCCCUGGGAGGCUACGCUGUCCGAGGCAGUGCAGGUCAGCCCAGCUGUGAUCUCACGGGGGCAGAAUUGCACUGAGCGACCUCCUUCACCCUCAGCUUCCCUGGCCACGUCGGUGUGAGUUCAGUUACGUCUGAAGCGAGGUUCACAGCCUUGACUCGGCCCCCUUGUGUUUGCACGACUUCAGGGGCUGUCGGUUUAGACCGGCCUUCCUCGGGCCAUCUCAGAAGGGCAAGUGUUCGGACAGGGUCGGGAACCACCCAAAGGCAGGCGGCGGGGAGCAGGUGUCAGGGAAGUGCCCCUGCACCCACGCCCGGAGCUCUGUGGACGUCACCCCUUCCCUGCCAGCAUGGACCCGCAUCUUGGGCUCUCCCUCCGGCAAGGGGGCUGACCCCACCCAGACACUCCUUACAGGUGUCCUGGAUCGAUUGGAACUAGGUGGCCCCAGAGCAGUCCAGGUGGACGGAGCGACUGUCCCUCCUCUCCAGCCCCCCUGCCCACCCACUGGUGGAGGUGCUAUCUAGCGGGGACAUGGCAUAGGACAGGCGCCGGGUGCCAGGUGCUUGGGGAUGGUUCUCUGUCUCAGCCCUUCAGAGUCCACCGCGGCCCGUCCUCCCUGCACCACAGUGAGACUGCACCGUAGUCCAGGCCGGUGCUGGCCCCUCUGCCCGAGAGAGCGCCGAGGCGCGGGGCCACCUGCCCGCCUCGGGGCAGCACGGGAGAGCAGGGAGCGCACACCUGUUGGUUUCAGAUGCAUUUUUCUGCUUGCGAUGCAUAUCUGCAUUUCCUCCAUCCUGAUCCUGGCUUUAUGGAACACCAUGUUUUUAGCAUGUUUUUAAAUAAAACCUGAUAAUGUGGCAAAA